AUGUUACCGCUUGAACUCAUCCUGCGUAUUGUUGACACAUGUCUUGACAAUGAACUCGAGUUGUACAGUACUCUUACCCGAAAACCCCAGCACAACUCAUACUGUAUACAUGCUCUGUUGCAAACAAACACUCAGCUGAAUUAUUAUGUUUCACAACAUCCCAUGUUUCAUCGCCUGAAGAUGUUCCGUGUGCUUAAUCGCAUUCUACAUCAAACGGAGCCAGUGCCUAUUGCCAUUUACACUACUCAUGAUUGGACACUUCUCCACCUUGAUUGGACAAUUGAGCGCCUUCAGACAGACAAACAUGAAUCAUUCUUAGUUGCAAAUGAAGCUCGUGUCUACAAGAAAACCCGUAGAUGGUCUCGUUACAACAACACGAUAUAUGACAAGAGUGUUCCAUUAAUGUCCUGUGAAUAUCACGUAUUUGUGGAUAACCUCUGCAAGUUUGCGUACCAGAACUCCUUUUCUGUUUGGCUCUGGAAGUCAUCACCAAGUUUUUUCAAGGGUAAUAAUAUGCGCUUACUGACUCACAAGCCUCCUCAUUCCACUAUCUGUGGAAGCAAAUGUUGGAAUUGUCAUUUUGUCCAACUACCAAAGGCUAGACCCUUUAAGCUUAUAGCAGAAAAUCAAGGCUAUACUUUGAUGGCGUGGGAUCGACCUACGAAGGACAACCGAAGGUUCACAGAAGAUGUGUUGCGAUGCAAUAUUGAACUGUUCGGUAACCUGUUUCAACAUGCAAGUUCUUAUUAA